UGCGCAGCGCGGGCCCCGCAGUCCGUGGGGCGUGCCCGGCAGAGCGCAGCCCGGCCUCGCGGUGCGCAGCGCGGGCGCCGCACCAUGGCGGGCGUCGCGGCCAGGCUGGCGCGGGACCGGGAGGCGGCCGAGGGGCUGGGCUCGCACGAGUGGGCCGUCAAGUACCUCAACCAGGACUACGGGACGCUGCGGGACGAGUGCCUGGAGGCCGGGGCGCUCUUUCAGGACCCCGCCUUCCCCGCCCUCCCGUCGUCCCUGGGCUUCAAGGAGCUGGGACCUCACUCCAGCAAAACUCGGGGCAUCGAGUGGAAGCGACCCACGGAGCUCUGCGCUGACCCUCAGUUUAUUGUUGGAGGAGCCACCCGCACGGACAUCUGCCAAGGAGCCCUGGGUGACUGCUGGCUGCUGGCUGCCAUUGCCUCCCUCACCUUGAAUGAAGAAGUCCUGGCUCGAGUGGUCCCCUUAAACCAGAGCUUCCAGGAAAACUAUGCAGGGAUCUUCCACUUCCAGUUCUGGCAGUAUGGCGAGUGGGUAGAGGUGGUGGUGGAUGACAGGCUGCCCACCAAGGACGGGGAGCUGCUCUUUGUGCAUUCGGCCGAGGGAAGUGAGUUCUGGAGUGCCCUGCUGGAGAAGGCAUAUGCCAAGGUCAAUGGGUGUUACGAAGCGCUCUCAGGGGGCGCCACCACCGAGGGCUUCGAGGACUUCACUGGAGGCAUCGCGGAGUGGUACGAGUUGCAGAAGCCGCCCGCCAACCUGUUCAGGAUCAUCGAGACGGCUCUGCAGAAAGGCUCUCUCCUCGGCUGCUCCAUCGACAUCACCAGCGCCGCGGACUCGGAGGCCGUCACGCUCCAGAAGCUGGUGAAGGGGCACGCGUACUCCGUCACGGGCGCCGUGCAGGUUGAGAGCAACGGAAGCCUGCAGAAACUGAUCCGCAUCCGAAAUCCCUGGGGAGAAGUGGAGUGGACGGGCAGGUGGAAUGACAACUGCCCAAACUGGAACACUGUAGACCCAGAGGUGAGAGAAAGGCUGACCAGACGGCACGAAGAUGGGGAAUUCUGGAUGUCUUUCAGCGACUUCCUGCGGCACUAUUCCCGCCUGGAGAUCUGCAACCUGACCCCGGACACCCUCACCAGCGACGCCUAUAAGAAGUGGAAGCUCACCAAGAUGGAUGGGAGCUGGAGGCGGGGCUCUACCGCAGGGGGCUGCAGGAACUACCCGAACACUUUCUGGAUGAACCCUCAGUACCUGAUCAAGCUGGAGGAGGAGGAUGAGGACCAGGAGGAUGGGGAGAGCGGCUGCACCUUCCUGGUGGGGCUCAUCCAGAAGCACCGGCGGCGGCAGAGGAAGAUGGGCGAGGACAUGCACACCAUUGGCUUUGGCAUCUAUGAGGUUCCGGAGGAGUUAGCUGGGCAGAACAACAUCCACCUCAGCAAAAAGUUCUUCCUGACGACUCGCGCCCGGGAGCGCUCGGCCACCUUCAUCAACCUCCGGGAGGUGCUCAACCGCUUCAAGCUGCCUGCGGGCGAGUACAUCCUCGUGCCUUCCACCUUCGAGCCCAACAAGGACGGCGAUUUCUGCGUCCGCGUCUUCUCCGAAAAGAAAGCAGACUACCAAGCUGUCGAUGACGAGGUCGAGGCCAGCCUUGAGGAGGUCGACAUCAGCGAGGAGGACAUUGACGAUGGGUUCCGGAGGCUGUUCAGCCAGCUGGCAGGGGAGGAUGCAGAGGUUUCUGCCUUUGAAUUGCAGACCAUCCUGAGAAGAGUCCUAGCAAAGCGCCAAGACAUCAAAUCAGAUGGCUUCAGCAUCGAGACCUGCAAGAUCAUGGUUGACAUGCUGGACUCAGAUGGCAGCGGCAAGCUGGGGCUGAGGGAGUUCUACAUUCUCUGGACGAAGAUUCAAAAGUACCAAAAAAUUUACCGGGAAAUCGACGUAGACAGGUCUGGUACCAUGAAUUCCUAUGAAAUGCGGAGAGCGUUAGAAGCAGCAGGUUUCAAGCUGCCCUGUCAGCUCCACCAGGUCAUCGUUGCUCGGUUUGCAGAUGAGCAGCUCAUCAUCGACUUCGACAAUUUUGUUCGGUGUUUGGUUCGGCUGGAAACGCUGUUCAAGAUAUUUCAGCAGCUGGAUCCGGAGAACACCGGGACGAUAGAGCUCAACCUCGUCUCCUGGCUCUGUUUUUCAGUACUUUGAAGUUAUAACUAAUCUGCUUGAAGAUGUCUCAUGACAGAAAAUCUGCCAAGGACUAAGCUUCCACAGACAAACACCUUGUAUCUGGACCUCGAAAUUAUGGGAACGGUUACUUAAACUAUUGAUUAUAGCAGAAAAUAAUGAUACUAUUUGAGCUAGAACUUUCACAUAUCAAAGUAAAGGAUUUGCAUAUUAUUAUACUAAAUGCACGUGAGUUGCUUAACCCUUGAUAAGCUCAAAAAAGCUUUAAAUAUGUAAAUAGUAUAUACUUUUUACUUUUCCACACUUUCCUGUUUAUAGCAAUAUUAAAUUAGGAAAAAAUGCAGGGAGAUAUUUAACAACUGAGUAAACAUUAAGCCAAUCGCAAUGGACAUAAAGCCCUUGCUGGGAAUAUUUAAAGCAACUUCGAGUUUAAAAAUGCAAUCGUUGCAUCUACCAGACAGCAGCCUGGGAUUACCAUUUCCAACACACUGGGGAACGUAAACAUCAUGAAGUGAUCUUGCCAAGGCAUCUAAAGAAUCCAGGUGAGCAAGCAUCCCUCUGUCAUUACAAGAGACCAGCUUUAUAUAACACUGAUUGGCAAUAGCAAAUCAUUCUUCUUAAACUCAAAUCUUUGAGCGUAUCUGGCCUUCUGCAUUUAGUCUUAUAAAUGCUAGAGGGAUUCUACUCUUGAUCAACUGAAGCAGCAUACUAAAACCAGGAGUCCAAUUUGCAAACCAGUUAUGAUAAAGGACAAAGCAAGCUGUUUGCCACCUCAAAACUUUAUGAACGUCACCACCAUCAGUGUCCGUCCAUGGAGUUAGAGGAGACAUCGCUUAGGAAUUCUUGUGGAAAUGACACAAGCUUAUUACCUGGCUUUACUUUGGGAAAAUGCUAGCAACAUUAUAAAAGUAUUGCCUUGUUGCCUUAUCUUCUUCCAAAUGUACUGUUAAAUAAAGGGGUGCCCCAUGCAA